GAAGCAUUUUUCUACACUGCUUGCAGGACUCCAUCUAGACAAAUUCCCAAGAUGGAAGAUUUGUUAUCUCAGUCGCCUUUUCUCCUGUUUUUCACAUGCAUCGUGGCAUUUGGAAUAUGGCGCUUCUCAACAAUAUUUACCUCGUCUCGAGCCGCGUUCCCCAGAAUUGGACCCGCGCCAGAUGCGGCUGACAACAAGCGAUUCGUGACGGAAAGUUUUCAGAUGAUCCAAGAAGGAUAUUCGAAAUACAAAAAUGGGAUUUACAAACUUUGGACACUUGACAUGGACCGCUUCAUCAUCUCUCAUAAAUAUAUGAGCGAGCUCAAUAAGGUGCCAAGGUCGAGUGUGAGAUUGACAACUAGUGAGAGGUAUGAGUAUACCGGGAUGGAUAUUUGUGAAGAGACGAACUUACAAUAUGAGGUUUGUGCGGGGUCAUUGACGAGGAAUAUUGGCUCCCUAGCUCAGACAUCAUAUAAUGAGAUCCUCUUCGCAUUGAAUAAGAAACUCAAAGCCGUUUCAAACGACGAUGGUUCAUAUUCAAUACCCCUUUUCACUUCACUCAUCGACCUCGUGACAAGUUCCACAGCACGCGUCUUCGUUGGUCCCGACCUAUGCCGCAAUCCAGAAUGGCUUUCCACGGCGACAGGCCACACAAUGGCUGUUCAGAAAGCAGGUGAAGAAUUGCUCACCUUCCCCGCUAUUGUUCGGCCGGUCGUGGUUCACUUCUUGAAAUCGUAUCGACAGCUUCGGUCUAGUGCGUCCGUUGCAAAGAGACUCUUGCUCCCAGAAAUAGAGAAGAGGGCACAGAAUAACAACGAGAAAGGACAGUACCAAGAUAUGCUGCAAUGGUUAAUAGACACUGCUCAAGGACGAGAUACAGAACCGGAGAGGCUGGUCAAGAUGAUGCUAUUUCUGAAUAUGGCUGCUAUACACACCACCGCAAUCACUGCAACAAAUGUGUUCUUGGAUCUUUGUGCUAGACCAGACUGCAUUGAUAUGCUACGGGAAGAGAUUCUGCAAACCGUAAAGGAAGAUGGUGGGAUCAAGACUUCAACACUUCCGAAGUUGAAGAAGUUGGAUAGUUUCAUGAGAGAAUCUAGAAGGUUAAAUACCAUGGGCUUCUUAACAUUUCAACGCCGCCUCAUGGUCCCCCUCACCCUCUCCAGCGGUGCAACUAUCCCCCGAAAUUCCUACAUAAGCAUGGCAUACCAACCCAUUCUCCGAGAUCCCGCCUACUACGCCUCACCUCUUACCUUCGAUCCUCUCCGUUUCUACAAUCUCCGACAAAAAGAAGGAGAAGAGGAAAAGCACCAGUUCGCUUCGGUAGACGCAAGCGAGCCUUUAUGGACCUUCGGAAAAUUCUCUUGUCCGGGAAGACAUUGGGCUACGGCACAAAUUAAGUUAUUGGUCAUGGUUUUCUUGCUGGAGUUUGAGAUUUCGUAUCCGGAUGAACAGACGGAGAGGCCGGAGAAUAAGAUUAUGGGGACGAAGAUCAUGCCCAGUGUUGCGCAGAAAAUUGUAUUGAGGAGAAGAGAAUCUUAA